CGCGGCCGAACGCGUUCCAUAUCUCGCGCGCGAGAGGACGGUACGCCAACAACCGUUCGCAAGCAUGUCCGACGGCUCACUCAGUGAACGCGAGCGCCUCGUCUACUCGGCCAAGCUCGCCGAGCAGGCCGAGCGCUAUGACGAGAUGGUCGAGUCCAUGAAGGCUCUUUGCAAGCUCGACUCCGGCGAGCUCUCGAUCGAGGAGCGUAACCUGCUCAGCGUCGGCUACAAGAACGUGAUCGGCGCCCGCCGCGCGUCCUGGCGCAUCCUGAGUUCCAUCGAGGACAAGGAGCGCGCGAAGAGCAACGAGGCCAACUCUGGGCAGAUCAAGACGUACAGGUCUAAGGUGGAGAACGAGCUCACGAGCAUCUGCGAGGAGAUCCUCGCCAUCUUGGACAACCACCUCAUCGUGGACUCCGCGUCGGACGAGAGCAAGGUGUUCUAUUACAAGAUGAAGGGCGACUACUACCGCUACCUCGCGGAGUUUCUGCAGCAGGAGGAUCGCUCCAAGGUGGCGGGCCAGGCGAACGACGCCUACGCCGAGGCGACCAAAAUCGCGUGCAAUUCCGCGCCCGACGCCGGCUUGCCCCCGACGCACCCGAUCCGCCUCGGUCUGGCGCUCAACUACUCCGUGUUCCACUUCGAGAUUCAGAACAAGCCCACGGAGGCGUGCGCCCUCGCGAAGCAGGCGUUCGACGACGCCAUCGCCGAGCUGGACACGCUCAGCGAGGAGUCGUACAAGGACUCCACCCUCAUCAUGCAGCUCCUGCGCGAUAACCUCACGCUCUGGACGUCCGAUAUCAACGAUACCGAGGAGGGCGGGGAGGGUGAUCAAUGAUGGGCCGAUCUCGGGGAGAGAUUGGGCGAGACAACUAGAGGGUAGACUGGUGUACAGUUAGUUUUUAAAGGUGAAGCGUCGCGGCGGGAAAACCGGCGCCUUCUGACGUACGUAUUUGUC